AUGUGUGCAAGAUCUGACUGCACUAAACCACUCUUUUUUGGUAAUACCAUAAUAAAUAGUAACCCAAAAAUGAUUAAAAAUAGAAGAAGUCAACCAUCUGUCAUAUCACCAAAUGAAGAAAGUAAUAAUUUAAAAAAAAGUUUCGUAAAAAUAGAAUGUUGUCCACUUUCCGUACCAGGAACAAAUAUUGGAAUUGAGAACAAAAUUCAUACCGGAAAUAAAAAUUAUUCUCAAGAUACAAAUUAUGACAUAUGUGUUGGUAUAAAUGUUUCAUCAAAAAAAGAAAUAAAAGAUGAAGGAAUUUCUUCCAAUUGCAUAAUUGGGGCUACAAAAUCACAUUUAAACAUUAGUUUUACAGAAUGUAACCAAGAAAGAAAUAAAGGGUCGAAAGAAAUUAGAAUAUCAUUUGGGCCGUUUGAUGGGUUGACUAAACAUGUUAAGAAUGACGAAACAUUAGGAUUAAGUCUUGGUACAUUUUCAUCACUUGUAAUAUCUCUGCCUACUAACGCCGUAAAUAAAUUAGGAUAUAAUGUUUAA